AUGGAGUCGACGGCAACAUUCGACCGUGCAAGCGAGGCCAAAGCAUUCGACCAGAUGAAGCUCGGUGUGAAGGGUCUCGCCGACACCGGAAUCACACAAAUCCCACGCAUUUUCCAUGACCCGGAAGCCUCGGUAUCAGCAAACCCGGAACCCUCCUCACCGGUGACGAUCCCAGAGAUCGAUCUUGCAGGUGGCUUGUUGGUGGAUUCCACAGUCACCCGGGAGAGUGUGAUUGCCAAGGUUAAGCACGCGAUGGAGACUUUUGGAUUUUUCAGGGCGGUCAACCAUGGGAUUCCACUCGAUACCAUGGAGAAGAUGAUAGCUGGGGUUCGUGGCUUUCACGCGCAAGAUCCAGAAGUGAGAAAAGCGUUCUAUACUCGAGACAAAACCAAGAAGCUUAAGUAUAACACUAACGCUGAUUUCUAUGACGCUCCUGCUGCGAGUUGGAGAGACACCUUAAGUUGUUUUAUGGCUCCUGAUGCUCCAAAAGCUGAAGACUUACCAGAGAUUUGUGGGGAAAUCAUGUUGGAGUACUCGAAGCAAGUGAUGAAGUUAGCAGAGUUAAUUUUAGAGCUUGCGUCAGAAGCUUUAGGGCUGAAUCCUAACCACCUCAAAGAUAUGGAUUGCGUAAAAGGUUUAUAUAUGCUUUGCCAUUGCUAUCCACACUGUCCUGAGCCAGACAAAACACUCGGUGCAAGAAAGCACACAGACAGAACUUUCAUCACUAUUCUUCUUCAAGACCACAUUGGAGGACUUGAAAUUCAACAUGAUGGAGGUUGGGUCCCAGUUGCUCCUACUCCAGGAUCUCUCAUCGUUAACGUUGGAGAUCUUCUUCAGCUUAUAACCAAUGACAAGUUUGUAAGCGUGGAACAUAAGGCUUUGGCGAACAAAGCUAAAGAGCCGCGCAUCUCAAUCGCAUCUUUCUUUGUGCAUCCUACGAGUUCCCGUUUAUAUGGACCGAUCAAAGAGCUCUUGUCUGAAGAAAACCCUCCCAAGUACAGAGAAACAACUGCGCAAGCCUCCAACCACUAUGUUGCUAGAAUUCCAAAUGCUAAUGCUUCGUUGCAACAUUUAAGGAUCUGA